AUGUCCGGUCUGGGCGCGGAUGGACUGCCCAUCGGCUACAAGAACGAGAUCUACGACUCAUACGUGACUGAUCCCUACUUUGCCCGCAUCCUCACUUGGACAUGGCUCUCGCUCUUCCUCGGAGCAAGCGCAUUGACGCUGGCUCGUCAUCUUCCACGCUAUUCGUUUGCCAUGGGCAAACGUUGGCAGCCGCCGUGGCUCUGGUCAGACUUGGCAAUACCAGCGCAUUCGUCUAGCUAUGAGCCCAUCAGAUGCGAUGUCAGUGAAGCAGCACAGCCUCAGCCACCUGCACGGCUGCGACUGCUCUGUGCGCUGUACGGCAAGACGGUACAUCGACCCGCCAAGCCUUACUUUGCGCGUCUGACUGCAGGUCAGAUCUGCGUACUCGCUCUCAUUCCCGCACUCGUCCUCGCCACACUGCUACCCCAACAAGAGCUGCUGCAGAAUCCGAACAGGCUCGGCUUCAUCGCACUUGCACUAUUGCCGCCUCUAUUCCUCUUUGCGAGCAAGAACUCGUUUUGCGCGUUGCUGCUAGGCCAGAGCUACGAAACAGUCAACUACAUACAUCGAUGGCUCGGUAGAACUGUCACCGUUCUCAUCUUGACGCAUGGAGGCAUCUGGCUGAAUCAGUACCGUCAAGCUGGCAAUCUGUCGCAGAUGAUGACGGCGACGCCCAAGAUACCUUAUGGCCUGGCCGCGCUCGCUUUCUUGCUCCUGCUCGUCUUGUCAUCGCUGCCAGUCAUAAGGCAGAAAGCCCACCAGAUCUUCUUUGCGCUUCACAUUGUCGGCAUCGUCGGCUUUGUGACUAUGGUUAGCUAUCAUACGUCUUAUAGCCGACCCUGGAUAGCCUGGGGCGUCGUCUUCCUCUACGGACUCGAUCUAGCUCUGCGCGCCUUUCGUGCAAGGCUUUCUCGCGUCAGCGUGCAAGCAUUGGGGCGCUCGCCACAGCACGCGAUGACGAGGCUGGUCGUAAAGGACCUUCAGGGCGGUUGGAGAGCUGGGCAGCACGUCAACAUCACCCUGUUACAUUCGCUGCCAACUGAGCUCACAACGUUCUUCCGGAGUGCAACGCGCUCACUGGAAUCUCAUCCCUUUACCAUCGCGUGUGCCCCGCCGGAGAUCUCUGUUCUCUCAGCACCAGCAAGCGGGGGCUUUCCGUUGUACGUUCGCUCCAACGGUAGCAAGAGCUGGACAGGUGAACUGCACACUUUCGCAUCCCUUCGCAAGCCUGCGGUCAUCAAGGCACUCAUAGACGGUCCCUAUGGUGGCCUGGGCUUUGCACAGCCUAGCUCGAAGGAGCAUGUCGUCCUCAUCGCUGGCGGCAGCGGUAUGUCUUUCGUUCUGGCGUGCCUCGACGAGAUCGUUGGUCAGCGUGUGCGCAGUCUCAACGAUGCGCGCACGCGACGGAUCGAUCUCUUCUGGAUCAUUAAGCAUCAAGCAGAGCAUCUUGCUUGGUUCUCGAAGAGCAUUGAAGAGAUUGCCGCUGCAGCACAAGCUUCAGGAUCGGUCGAUUUCGUGCCUCACUUCUACGUCACUGCUGGCACGACAGCGGACGCGUCAGAGAGCUCAGUGAUGAGCGGACGGCCGGAUGUGGCAGCCUUGAUCGAGAACAGCAUUGAGAGAGCUAUCAAUCCAUGCUCAAUAUGCACCGUCUGCAAAUGCGAUUGCUUGCCGCUCAAUAGAGGGUGCUGUCCAGCUGACGAAGAGGCGUGCACCUCACCUGCGAGGCCGAAAGUACCUGCAGAAAAGUCUUGCUGCAACGAUGACCCCCCUAAGCGAAAGUGCUCGCCACGAUCUGACGGCGUCAAGCCAGUCGCCGCGCCACGACCUCUAAUCCGAGGAGGCGCCGCCAUCAUCGUCUGUGGGCCCGCCAGCUUGCAACGAUCUGUCCACCAAUCCGUGGCCAGCCUAUCGCUCAGCACGUAUAGACGAAUCGGCGGCAUUUCACUGCAUACUGAAUCAUUCCAUUCAUGACCUCACGCGCUGUUCUCAAUGUUGUUGUGGGAUAAUGCAUGGCAUAAAGACAGAAAGAGGGGGAACAUACAGCGCAAAUGUUUGCUUUGACGUGUGUGUGAGGAAUGUGUAGAACGCUGAUCAAGCUUCAGACUUGACGAUUUGUUGGCGCUCCUGAUGACCAGUGAUCUUGUUCUUGAAGUUCUUCGUGCGCUUCUUGAUGCCGUCCUUCGCCCAAAGACCUGUUCGGACAGCUUGGAACUGAUGGCUGCCGCGCUGGCGACUGUGAAGCUGAUCGGC